UUUCCUCUCAGCGGCGAAACUCUGUAGUAUACACUAGGGGUUGUCUCAAUGUUGUUGUUGUUGUACAAUACAAAAAAAAAAGUUUCAAGUGUUGUUUUUACAGUAGUUUUCUAAAAUUGGCGAAGAAUAUUAAAGGACGAAAAACGUACGUUUGCUUUCAGAGAAGAGAAGAGGCGAAUCUGAUUCGACUUUUUGUUUGUUUGUUUGUUGUUGUCGUGCCCUUUGAACCAAACUCCGGCUGCCUCUUCCUCCGCUUCCCGGUGCUUGCUUCCCUCAUUGAGACCGGCGAAGCUCUCUGUCUACCUUUACAUUCCCAAUAUCGUUGGUACAUGAGAGUUAUCUUGAACUGCAUUGCCUUUGCUGUGUGCUUCUCCAACAAGACACUCUUCUCCCUCUUGUACUUUUUCAGUUUUUGUUGUGAUGCUGUCGAUGGAUGGUGCGCUCGUAAAUUCAACCAAGUCUCUACAUUUGGAGCUGUGUUGGACAUGGUUACAGAUAGGCCUAGCCUGGUUUCCCUGUCAUUGUUGGCUUUAGAUAUCGCUAGUCACUGGCUGCAAAUGUACAGUACAUUUCUAUCAGGGAAGACCAGCCAUAAGGAUGUGAAAGAUAGCACAAGCUGGCUCUUUAGACUCUACUACGGAAACCGCAUGUUCAUGGGUUAUUGCUGUGUUUCCUGCGAGGUUCUCUAUAUAAUCCUUCUUCUCAUAGCAAAGAACCAAACGGAAAACCUGAUGACCGUGGUAGUUGAAUCAUUGACGCAGAUUUCACCACUCUCUAUACUCUUGGCUUUGAGCAUAUUUGGUUGGUUGAUCAAGCAGAUCAUCAAUGUGAUUCAGAUGAAAACGGCUGCAGAUGUUUGUGUUCUGUAUGACAUAGAGAAACAGCAUAAGGCCUAACGUUACGUUUUUGUUGUGCUCGUUGAAUCUGUUGUGUUAAACUCUUUUGUUUAUUGCUGUGUACAUACGAAGCCAUCUUGUUUAGUGGUGGAUGUAGAUAAAAACUCUGGUCUUUGUUUUCUAUGAGAUGAAAGAGAUAUUUGAUUUGCAA